GCGCACGCCUGCGCAGCCUUCAGACUGGAUGAGGUUCACCCACGGCAUGCAGGGUCGCCGGGCCUACCUCAGAGCCAGAGCUGCAGAGACAAAUCUCCUCGUUCCAUGUGCUUGCUGCCCUCAUCAGCCCUGCCACGAUGGACCCAGAAGACCCCCCUGUUAGAGACCUCGCUGCUGGAGACACCACUGCUGGAGGCUCUGCUGUCGGUGACCCCACUGCUGGUGUUUGCUGCUCCAUGGACCAGGACCCUCUGCCGUUCCUGCAGGCCCUGAAGGUGUCAUGGUCCACUCGGGACCCGCAGCAGCUCCGAGAGGAAGCCUGGAGGGGGUUUGCUGCACUGGAUGACCCUCUGGCCAGACUACUGGACAUGCUAGAGGGCAGCCAGGGCUGGAAAAAGAAGGGCUCCUCCCUGCAGGCCUGGGUAGUCUGUGAGCUGCGGUGCUGGCUGCAGACACAGCCGUGCCCAGGGCCAGCCCAGCAGAGCUCGAGGCUGAAACAGUUGCAGGCCCGAGCAAUCGAGGUCCUUGUGGAGAGCCCUUCCCGUCUGGUGGAGCCACUGGUCAGCAUCUUCCAGCUGCAGGACACAGAUAAGAGCCCCCUCCUGGCUCAUGUUCACCACCUCCACCACGAGGGCAAAUUCAAAGAAGCAAUCGUACUGGGCACGAGAUUGAAGCUGCAGCCGGAGCUGGAGUUUGAAAAGAUGAGCACCCCACUGCUGCUUCAGGCGAAGAUGAACCUGGUUGAGAACUAUGUGGUUGGAUUCCCGGACCUCCAGAGGAGGCUGCUGGCCCUCAUGGACUCCUGGUGCCAGCCUGGGUUUGACAUCAGGAAUGUCGUCAGGCAGUACCCCAAGGUGACCUCAGUGAGACUGGAGAUGCUGCGCCCCAAAGUGCUUCGUCGGCAUGUCCUGCGUCUGCGGAAACAGUACCAUGUGGACCUCACUCUGUGUCCCAAUGCUAUCACCAUGCAGCGCCUGGGGGCCCUUCAGUACCUGUGCUACAAGCGGUUCGUGGAGAAGAGCUUGUCUCAGGAGAUCUGGGCAGACCAUGUGCAGGAUCUGGUGAUGCAGAGUUCCUACCUGCAGAAACAGCUGCUCAAGAUGGUGUCUUCUCGCAGUAACCUGGCCACCACCGCUCAGUGUGCCCUAGACCUGUCGCUCCCUGAGGAGCAGUUGCCGGAUGCUGUGGCCGCAGAGCUCCGCCGACUCAGGCUCCAGGGGAGGACAAGCAAGGCUGAUUCGAGACUGGAGGAGCCACAGAAGAAUGUGCAAGAGGAUUACUACCAGAUGCCCAUUGCCAGAGAAAACAUCCACUUGCUGGCCUCCUGGGAGGACCUGACCAGGCAUGAGGCCACACUACUCCAGCCUGGCCAGGUGGUCGGUAUAGAUGUGGAAUGGAGACCUUCGUUUAUUGCGGGAGACCGGUGCAAGGCGUCCCUCCUGCAGGUGGCUAAAGAGGGCUGCGUGUUCCUGCUGGAUGUGUCUGCGCUCUUACAGCCACCAGAGGGACAGGGGGCCCAGGCCUUCUCCCGCCUGGUGGCCCAACUCUUCUCAGACCCCACCAUCACCAAGCUGGGCUAUGGGACCGUAGGAGACCUGCAGAGUUUGAUCACCGCCUGCCCCGCCCUGGCCAGUCUGGAAGAGCAGACUCAGGGCAGCGUGGACCUGCUGCCUGUGCAUAAGCAGAUACAGGUGGCAGACAUGCCCGCCCCCUCUGUGCAUGGGGCUAGGGGACCGCAGGGCCUGAGCCUCCUGGUGCAGCAAGUGUUGGGCAAACCCCUGGACAAAACACAGACGUUCUCCAACUGGGACCGGCGGCCACUUUGCGAGGGGCAGCUUGUCUAUGCAGCCACCGACGCCUACUGCCUGCUAGAAGUCCACCGAGCCCUGUGUGGAGAGCCUGCUCGCUUCCCCCAACUGGGAAAUCUGGGCAGGAGCUGGAGGCCCAGGCACAGUGCGAGACCAGAGCCUUGGGAGCCUACCCUGCAGGAGGCCUCCGUUCAAGCCAGGCAGGUACUUACGGCCACCAAGGAGGGCACUGCUCCUGGGGUCCCCGCCAGGGCCUUCCGUGUUGUAUGUGACAGCAUGCUACAGGAACUGGCCCGGAGCCUCCGCUGCCUUGGCGUGGAUGCAGUUGUGCUGGGCAAGAGUGAGGACCAUCAUAGGGCAACUGAGAUGGCCAGGCAGGAGGGAAGAAUCAUCCUGACAUCCGGGAUGCCGAACCACAAGCUCCAGGCCCAGGUUGGGGCUGGGCGCUGCCUUUCAGUGAACUGCGCCCUCAGGGCCCAGCAGCAGGCCAAGGACGUGCUCAGACACUUCAAUGUGCGAGUCACCCAUGCAGACAUCUUCAGCCGCUGCCAGGCCUGUAACGGUGACCAGUGCCUUAAGGUCUCCAAGGAUUUGAUGGAGCAACUUGUGCAGCUCAACAGCCGGCGGGAGGGCCCCGGCAGCACAGGUGAUGAGGCCACCCAGAGUAAGGAUGAAAGGGAGUCAGGUCCAGCUCCAGAGACAGAGCCUGGGCGCUACACCUGUGACUCUCCUUGCCAAUGGCUGCAGGCAAAGGACCUGCAGGCCAGCACCCCACCCACACUGGGCAAUGGCACACGGCUGCAGCUGGAGGGGGUCACAGCCAGCGUGCUGAGAAGACCCAGGCUACAGCAUUUCUACUGUUGCACACGAUGCGGCAAGGUCUUUUGGGAGGGCUCCCAUGGGGACCGCAUCACCAUGCACUUCCAUGAAGGGCUGGAGGGUGUACCCCAGCCUUUCCGGGUCAAGCAGAGCCAGAGACCCUUUUAAAGACUGGGAGGCCACAGGCAGCCAGGCAAUAAACAUGAGCGGCAUAGA